CCUGAAAUUCUUGUCACAUUUUGGUGGAGUCAUUUUUAGAAAAGCCAAAUAAGCAAGGGGAGGGGAGAAUGAAGAGAGAAGAAAAUGAAGAGGCGGAUUACUUGUUUAUGCUGCUGCAUCUGUCUGGUGUUGCUUAGGACGGGAAUGUUGUGAAUGACUGAGGCAGCAGAGCAGCGGAGUGAGACUAACAAGUGGUUGCCAUGCAGCAGGAGCAAGCGUGCGUGCUUCUGGAGGGAGACAUAAAGAAACAGAAUGAUAAUGAGUAGGAGGCAGCAAGUAAAGGAGCAUGAGGAGAGGAGCUGUAUCUCUGACAAGAGACACAUAUCAUAGCUUGAUCCAGCCUCUCCAUUGCUUCUCCGUUUCUCUCUUUAUCUCUAGAUUUUUGUUUGGAUAUAAGGUUAGCCUAAAACAUCCAGUGUGUCAAUGAUGGAUGGAUUAAUGGAUAUGUGUCUAAGGGCUCCAAGAAAGAGGAGGUGUUCGCAAGAGACAGCAGCAACAGGUCUGUGAGGAUGGAACGAUAAUGACGGUAACAUGCAGGCUUCUGACGCCUGACCCUAUCAGAGGCAAGAUGAGGCACCUAGAUGUUGGUUUACCAUGUGUAGCGUCCACUACAACCACUCCCUUGCUGCCAUGAGCGGAAACGACAUGAUGGUGCAUUCUCUGACUCUGGAGCAGAAGACAGCGUUUGCCUUCGUGGGGAUGCUACUGGUGUUCCUGGGGCUGCUGAUAGUAAGGUGUUUCAGAAUCCUGCUGGACCCCUACAGCAGUAUGCCUUCCUCCAACUGGGCUGAUGGCAUCGAGGGGCUGGAGAAAGGGACGUUUGAGUAUGCCCUUACCUAACACAGGGACACGCAUUCAUAGAUGUAUUCAUAAACAGAAAUGCCUAUAAACACACCUAAACAUACACACAGACAUGAAUACACUUGCAAACACGCUAACACACACAAGCCACAGCGCUGCACAACCAUUGCACCUGACACACAUCUCCCUGUGAUGUACCGAAACCAAGAGACUGAAGCUGUGUAUGUUGUUCAAUGUGUAUGCACUUUUAGUUCAGAGCCAGUGUGGAGCCUCUCUACUGUAUGUCACUACAUGUCUGUUGCUGUGCGUGUCUGAGCGAGUGUGAUGCAGAUGCUGUGUCAUAUUCUUUGCCCUUCUGCCAGGGGGUGUGCAUUUCAGCUCAUCGAUUUACACAGAAAUGGCUGAAGCUCCCUUUAACCCAUACCUACAAGUUGAAUGUCUGUAGAUGAUAAGAGACGGGUGCUCGUGGGACAGGGUGGGGAUUCAGGGUGCAGUGGGAUUAUUCAGAUGUAUUUUGAAGACUCAGGGACAAGAAUGCUUACGUGAACUCAGAAUGGGAAACAGAGUGGUUGCACUUCUGCACAUGAUUGUAUAUGGUUGGAUACAGGGUAUUAUGUCAUGCUAGUGCUUUGUGGACUAAUCAAAUCCAAUCUGUUGGUGAUCCAAAGGAAUGCUGCUGCUGCUGCUGCUGCUGUUGUUGCCACUGCUGCUGCUGCUGCUGCUGCUGUGUACAGAUCAGUCCUUUCCGUGGCAUCAUGCAAUGAAAGGCAACUAAACAAACUGUGAUUUACAAUGUGGUGUUACUGUUUCUAAAUGAUGCAAAACCAACUCUCAGAGUUUGGACUGCUGUUGUAUUUGAGUGAUGGUAUGCGGUAUGUUGCCACAAUUACAUGUCUGAGUGAAAGAAACUGUUUACUUUUGACAGUAUGUCUGUGACAUGUGAUAAUGUUGAUUCAUGGACUGUUGAUUGUCCCGUCUGUCAAGCGUUCUGUCGAAAUGUUGGCUGAUGCGAUCAAGCCAAAUAACUUUUAAGGGAAAUGAGGAUUGGAAACUAAAAGGACUCUCUCGCUCAGCGCUGCUGGUUUUCUAAUGACAAGGAUAAACUGUCGCUACCUGUCUGCAGAGGAAAAGGUCCCAUGGAAAACAAGGGUGGGAUGUCUGUCAGCACUGGACGUGAACAUCUUUUCCCUCUUUUUCUCAGCCAUCCUCACCCUUUCUCACCUGCUCUCUUCCUGCCAGAUAGUGGAAGACAGCACAUUCUUAAACAGAGAUCCUGAAAUACAGUAGACUGCUCAAAGUCUUGAAUGUUCCUUAGCUAAUUCCUACGGUCUACGGUUUCUCCUUAGUGCUGUGAAUCUGCCUUACUGUGACCUUCAAUGGGUUUAUGUGCCUUCAUCUAGAAACAUUUGUGUGUGUGUGUUUGCGAGCGCGUGUAUGGCAUAUCAUGAUGACAGAUAGUGCAUCUCCUGACCUGUUGCUUGCACAGCUGGUGGUAGAGAUUUCUCCUUGAUAUACAUUUGAUUCAAUGAUGUAAAAUAAAUAGAAUUUCUUCACU